AUGGCACCCUUUGAAGCACUAUAUGGAAGGAGGUGUCGAACACCUCUAUGUUGGGCUGAGUUACAUAAGAAGAAAAUUGGUGGACCUAAAAUGGUUUGCGAAACAGACAACAAGGUGGGCAAGCACAUAUUUCUGAAGGUAUCACCAUGGAAGAAAUUUGUAAGAUUUGGGCAUAAAAAGAAGAUAAGCCCAAGGUUUAUUGAUCUUUUUGAAGUAGUGGAAAGAGCUAGUCCUGUAGCUUAUCGACUCAAGUUACCCAGCGAAAUCGACAAGAUAGAUGAUGUUUUUCAUGUGUCUAUAUUAAGGAGGUAUUGCAUAGACUCAUCUCAUGUAGUAGUAGUAGAUGAAGUUGAAGUGCGACCUGAUUUAACUUACGAGGAAGAGCCAGUGAAGAUUAUGGCACGCGAGGUGAAAGUCCUGUGA